GCGGGAGGAGCCAGGUUUGACUUAAACGCCGCCUCUUUGAGGCAAAAUCCCGAUCUUUUAAGUCGCAGAUUAAGUAGAAAGUGAGAUUUGAAGAAGUGGGUGAUUUUUUUUUUGAGUGCCAGUGAAAUUGUGUCAAGUUUCUUGGAAAAGUGAAAAAUUUUAAUUAUUAUGCCAAGAAGACGCAGAAUGAGCUCAGACGACUCAGAAGACGAGUUCGACGAGACGCGCCACCCUCAACGGAACGCGGCAAAUGCGAGGGAAAGGGCUAGAAUGAGGGUGCUCAGUAAGGCGUUUUGCAGGUUGAAAACCACUUUACCCUGGGUACCAGCGGAUACAAAACUUUCAAAAUUAGACACCCUCAGAUUGGCUACCAGCUAUAUAGCGCAUUUAAGGGCUGUUCUAAUGGAUCAACCACCACCUAGUGAUAAUUUACACAAGCACCCAUUGACUUUGACUUGGCCAUUUAGUUUUCAUCAGCAGCGUCCGGAGUCGUCGUCGACAGACGGUUCCUACCAGGAACAACAGAUAAACCAAAACCAACCCCCGUGGGUUGACGUGCCACCCUCUCAACACCCCGUCGUCAGGGAUAAAGAAGUGUCUUAUUACUAUUAAUUUAUUUGUGGCUUUAAGACUUUCAGGAAGUCGUUUAAUAUUGGGGAUUAUCCCUUACUAAUUUGUACAGAUUAUGGUUUUAUUUAUUAUACUUAGUAGAAAUAGAGUAGGUGCUAUUUAUUAUUAGACCGAGAGCUUAUAACACAAAAAAGUUAGUCAUUUGUAACAGGUAUGGCGACCCCCUAGGGGUAAUGAGGAAAACGUAAAAGAUGAUACAUUUCUUGCCGUUGGGUCCUAAUGGCAUGGCGCCUAAUCGAACUUGUCAGAUAAAUUGCGGGUUUCAAACGAUUUGUAACACAAAGAUUCUUGUAUUUUUCGAUAGUUUAUGAGAAAGGAACUAGUCGAAAGCGAAAUGCCAUUCUUAUCCGGUAAGGCUUGCCUUAAUAGUCCGCCAUACCAAUCAGCGCGCGUUGGUUUUUAUUAUUUUUUUGUAUCAUUAUUAAGGAGUCAUCACAAAAAUCACCGUGUCAUAACUUUCCGAUGGUUCCAAGUAGCCGCCAUACCGACCCAAAGACGUAGAUUUCUUUAAAAAUGCUAACUAAAAGAUUUGUAACAGUAUGGCAUUUGUUUUUUCGAAAGGUAAUAAUAUAAUGUGACCGUUCAUAUAUUUGCCAUACUUAUAAUCAAGUGCAAAAGUCGUGCCGGACUUGAAAAACUAGUUUUCUGAAACGUCUUCCAGCUACAACUGGUACAAAAUCUUGAAUUAUUUAUUACAGUAUGGUGCCAUUGUAUUAAGUUUGUUUUUAUACGAUUCUACCUAAAAACAAUAAUCCCAUACUGAUUUUGCUGAUACCAUGGAGCUGAAGACUGUCACACUUGUGCUAAGAUGAGACCAAAAAAAAAAUGACGAAACGGAAUUGUAACAGUAUGGCAUUUUAAUUUUUCAAAAGAUUACAAGGAAAAAUUAUGCCAUACUUAUCGUGAACUUUUGGUGCCAUACUUGAAAAAUUAGUUUUCUGAAACGUCUUCCAGCUACAAUUGGUAAAACAUGUAAAAUUAUUUAGGUAUUACAGUCAGUAUAGCAUCUAUAUUGUAGUCACUUUGUUUCUAUACGAUUCUACCUGAAAACAAUUAUCCAAUAUUGAUACCAUGGGGCUGAAGACUGUCACACUAAAAAAAUGACGAAACGAAUUGUUACAGUAUGACUUUUCAAUUUUUCGAAAGUUUACGAGGGAAUAUAUUUCGGAAAAAUUAUGCCAUACUUAUAGUGAAGUCUGAAAGUUGUUACUUGAAGAACUGGUUUUCUUGAACGUUUUUGAGCUACAACUGGUACAGGUUGUUAAAAUUCUCAUUACAGUAUGGUAAUGUUUUUUUAUACUGUGUGUGUGUGUGCGUUGACAUGAAACAAAGUUCCAUGAAACUUGCUACAGUUUACAAGUCUCAUGGAACUUAUUCCUCCAGUGUCACCUGUUUUUGAAUUGGGCGAGAUGGCCACAACCGAGGGAAAAAAUUUUGAGGGGAGCGUAGAAUAUUAUAAAUCAUUGUUAUACAAGAAGAUUGUCACUACCAUAACGUCUGAAACUUUGAUAUUUAGAUUCUCAGUACCUUGAACUUUCAGAAAAAAAUCGUGCCAGACUGUUACAAAUAUUUGACCCAUACCACGGGUAUGGCGUAGUCUGAUUUUAAUUUCUAAUCACACAAACAAGUGUCAAACAAAUGUAUAGGGUGUUACAAAUCGAAAUCGUUUAGUAUUAUUAAAGACAUCUACGUCUUUGGGGCGGUAUGGCGUCUACUUAAAACCAUCGAAACAGAGUAGGACUGUUUCUGCAGAAAUCACAAACCAGUCAGAGCGAAUUUCAUUUGUUUCAAAAUAGUCAAAUGGAAUUCACUCUGACUGGUUUGUGAUUUCUGCAGAAACAGACCUAUUAUGGCACGGUGAUUUUCGUGAAUGACUCCUCAAAGAUGAUCAGUAAAAAAAAAAAAUUGCUUGUUACAAAAUAAUCUUAAUAAAUAAUCGUUUCGUUCUCCUCAUUACGUAAUUCGACCUCUAGAGGGCGCCAUACGUGUUACAAAUGAUUAACAGCUGUAUGCAGCAAUCUGCAGCAUCCUCUUUUAACUUGAAAGCUCUUUUUAAAACUGGUCACUUUUAAAAAUAUGUAUUCUAAACCAUACAAAUUUUUAAAGGUACCAGUUUUAAAAAGCGCUUUUAAGUUAAAAGAGGAUGUUGCACACAGCUGUAAGUUUUUUGUGUAAUGAGCUCCCAGUCUAUUAUAUGGUAUAAAGAUGAUGUAAGAUGAAAUGAUUUUUAAUACAGC